AUGAGUCUUGAAGAAUUCGAUGCAUUCACAUCCUUGAAAGUUUUGAGAGACUUAAAAAAGUAGAUAGAAGCAAAGGCCCAAGUAGAUCAGAAAUCUAGAGUUGCAUUACAGUACAUACAGAAAGCAUAGCCAUUGAGUCAAUAUGAUUUAAGAAUUCAAUUUCAACAUUGGCUAGCAAAGUUAGACGAUCUAAGCACUAGGCAAAUUGCUUAUUCUAAUAUAUUUUAAUUGGUCUAAUAAAAUCAAUCCUAAGCGAAUCUAUAAUUAUUGAUUACUUGUCUGCAAACUCCAAUUAAUGGUAAAGGAAGUGAGAGCAUUGUCAAAACUAUCAACAUUAUUAUAGGUAUUUAUGGAGAUACAAUUACUGUUACAGAUAUUUACAAAUUUAUAGAAAUAAUACUCAAAUACUUCAAUGAUUCUAACAAUAAUGUCCAAGUGGCAAUCAGUGAAUGUUGGUCAAAUAUUUACAUUAAGAACAUCUCUAAAAAGCCUGUUCAAUAAAGGGUAUUAUUGAUGUAUUCCACUCUCAGUUAAUUGAUUGGUUCAGGCGGUAGUAGAUAGACAUAAGAGACUGCUACCAUAGUUUUGGCAUAAUUAUUUGAAACAUUAACCACUGCUUAGGAUUUGGCAUUCAUAAAGGAUGUUGUCAAAGAUUAUCUAGGGAUUUAUUUGAAAUAAUAAAUAGAUCACUCUGGAUUUUAUACCAUUAUGUUCUUUAUUUUAAUGACAUUAUAAAUUUAAAGUUUUACAAGUCAGUAAAUUCAAGUUAUUGAUAAGACACUUUAAGGAAUUAAUAAUCUAAAACUCAAUUACAGAACAAGAGUAGGAGCAUUAAAUCUAAUGAAAUUAAUAGCUUCUUAGUAUUAAAACUCUAAUUUCAAAAUUGCCUUAGGAAAUUUACAUGAAUAAGUUAUCAUCGUUUUAGAAGAUUCUACUAAGGAUAGAGUAAUCGCAGUUUAAAAUGCAGCUCGAGCUGCCUUAAAGGAAUGGAUGAGACUAAUACUCUAAAUUGAUUGUGAUCUAAUACCUAAUCCUGUUUCUCUUGAUUAAUCUCCUGGAUUCUUGAAAAAAUAAAGUGGUACUGGAGGAGGACAAGUUUAUGUAAAUCAGAAAAUACAAACUUAAUAACAAUUUAAAUAAGAUAUCAAAUCAGCCUUGAUUGAGGAUCAAUUUGAAAACACUGUUGAUUAUUCUAAUAUUAUUCAUGAACCUAAUCUGAAUGUAUGGCAAAAGGCUAUGAGACUAUAAUAGGAUGGGUUGUUGGAGGAUGCUGUUGAAUUACUACUUCAUGAAGGUGAUGAUCUAUAUUUAAUCAGAUUUUUGAUGAGCUACAAAAAUUACUCUUAAUUAUUUGAUCUUCUCCCAAAUCCCUUGGCAUUGAGACUUAUUGACACCUUGAUACUAAUCUUAGAAUCUGAUUUUCUCAACAUCUUGUGUUUAGAUUUCAUUCAGUAAUUUAUUGAUUGCGGAUUGGCCGAUUGGUUUAAGGAUACUGACUUUACAGAUUACUUAGAAUAUAAUACAGAGCAAAACUUACCCUCUACUCCCUUGUGUAAGAAAGUUCGAGACUAAUUGAAAUGA